ACCAAGGCAGUUACUACAACUACUGAACUGGAAUAGCUCGUUUUAAUAAGUUUUCGCAUUUAUACUAGUAAAUAAACAAAUAACGAUGUCUAAUAAUUUUAAUAAUUCAAGAACGUACAGUGAUAAUUUAGAAAAAUCAUCGGUAAAAGAUACAAGUGACGAUCCCAUAGAUUUGGAUGAUGUUCUCCCAAAAAUUGGUGAAUUUGGAAUAUAUCAGAAGUUUCUGUUGUGGUUCGUGUGCUUGCCUGCUUGUCUACCGUGUGGAUUCUGUGCAUUUAACCAACUCUUUAUGACCGACACGCCUGAUCACUGGUGUAGAGUACCUGAAUUGGAAAAUUUGACUCAAAUAAAUCGUAAAAUUUUAUCAAUUCCUCGUAAGGAAGACGAUAACGCAACUUUCGAAAGAUGUUUAAGAUAUUCAGUUAAUUGGACAGAAUUAUUAAAAAACAAUAAAACACCGAUCGAAGUAAAUGAAAGUUGGCCUGUGGAACCAUGUUUUAAUGGAUAUGAAUAUAAUAAAACAGAAGUGAAAUCCUCAAUUGUAAUUGAUUUUGAUUUAGUUUGCGAGUACGACGUGUAUCCUACCCUUGGAUUAGUGGCUUUAAACGUCGGAGGACCUAUAGGUGUAUAUUCUUUCGGCUUAUUAAAUGACCGUAUAGGACGAAAAAAAUCGUUUUUUGCCUGCUUAUCAACACUCCUACUUGGUAGUGUAAUGACAGCGUAUGCCCAUGAAUAUUGGUUUUGGGUAGUAGCAAGAAUAAUUGUCGGCUUAACUAUACCCGCUGUUUACCAAAUACCAUUCAUCAUUUCCUUAGAACUAGCAGGACCUAAUUACAGAUCGUUUGUUACCGUUAUGACGUGUAUAUUUUAUACUUUGGGUUUAAUUUUACUAUCUGGAGUAACAUACAUAUUACGAGAUUGGAGAUCACUAGCACUAGCUACGUCCGUACCGUUCUUUUUUUAUUAUCUUUACUGGUUUAUUUUACCGGAAUCUCCAAGGUGGUUACUAAUGAGAGGGAGAUUGGAAGAAGCUAAUAAUAUUUUGAAAACGAUAGCUAGAAUUAAUGGCAAAGAAUUACCAGAAGAAUACACGACUAAGCUUCAAAAGCAAGUGCUUGAGCAAAAAGAACACGGAAUGAAAGAAAAAAAAUCGGCUAGUGUUUUUGCUUUAUGCAGAACGCCAAAUAUGAGACUAAAAACUUUUUUAAUUACUCUGAACUGGUGUGCUUCAGAAAUGGUUUACGUAGGUCUCAGUUACUACGGACCUGCUAUUGGAAGCAAUCAAUACAUGAGUUUCUUCCUCUCAUCAGCCGUAGAAAUACCUAGCUAUAUUGUGUGCUGGGUUUUAAUGGAUCGAGUUGGACGUCGAUGGCCACUUUGUUUAUCCAUGGUAAUUAGUGGCAUAUUUUGCAUAGUCACUGUUCUUUUACCAGAAGAUGCCGAAACUGAGACGUUGAUUUUGUUUUUAAUAUCUAAAUGUUUUAUAUCAGCAUCUUUUCUGAUAAUUUACCCUUAUGCGGGUGAACUGUAUCCCACAGAACUAAGAGGUGUUGGAAUCGGUGCAUCCGCUUAUAUUGGCGGACUGGGAUUAAUAAUAAUCCCAUUUAUUAACUAUUUAGGAACCAGUAAUCUAGUAUUACCCUUGGUGCUCAUGGGUGCAGUGUCGGUUGUCGGAGGGAUAACAGCUCUACGCCUGCCAGAAACAUUGCACUGUCCGUUACCUCAAACUGCUGAAGAAGGAGAAGAAUUCGGAAAAGACUGGACUUAUAAGGAUUGUUUCGCUUGUGGAGGUCAAAGGAUCAGUGUAUCAGAAUCGGAUUCGUACGAAAACUUAGAUCAAUUAGAAUUAACUCAGGCCCCGUCGGUGGAAGAUAUACUACCGGACUUGCAACCUGUGCGUCGAAACUCAAUGCGAAAAUUGGUUCGUCAAGCCAGCACGUUGGAAACGCAACGGGAUGUAGACGGAAACUUAAAAAUGACCUAUUGGUUUUAACGUCUCUAAUGUAGUCA